GCGGCUGCAGUGUUGGCCGCGAUGCGGGGCGCGGUCGGAGCGGGCCGAGCCCGCGGCGGCUCGGUGCGCAGCCACGGCUCCUCGUCGGAUGCCACCGACGUGGACCCCCGCGAGCGCCUCAAGGCCUGCUGCCGUCGCCUCGUCGCCUUCAUGUGCACCCAGGUGGGGGUGGGCGCGCUCGUCGUGGGCUACGCGAUCGUGGGCGCCGUCGGCUUCAUGUGGCUGGAGCGCGGCCACGACAGUCCGCUGCUGGAGCAGGAGCGCACUGUCAUCGGCAUGCGGGCCGCCUGUGCCGACGAGCUGUGGGACCUAGUGGACCGGCACAACACGCUGGACGGCGCCGCCGCGUGGGCGCGCGACGCGGACGCGGUGCUGCGCCGCUUCCAGGACGUGGUGGCGCGCGCCGCGCGUGCCGGCUACACGGGCGCCAGCCUCGACAACACGUGGUCCUUCCCCGCCGCGCUCAUGUUCUGCCUGUCCGUGUUCACUAUGAUCGGCUACGGCAACCUGGUGCCCCGCACCUCGUGGGGCAAGGCCGUCACCGUGCUGUACGCCGUGUUCGGCAUCCCGCUGUACGUGCUGUACUUCAUGAACAUGGGGAAGGUGCUUGCGACGACGUUUCGCUGGCUAUACGCGCGCGUGCACGAGUGCAGCCGCGACAGGUCUCCGCGCCUGCGCCGGGGAGGAUCCGUGGGCCCCGCGCCCCCGCCGCGCCGCGUCAUAGUCCCGUCCACCGCUUGCCUCUGGGUCAUCGCCGCCUACAUCCUCGCCGGCACCAUCAUGUUUGCCGAGUGGGAAGGCUGGAACUACCUCAACAGCACCUACUUCUGCGUCACUAGCUUGUGUAAAAUUGGCAUAGGUGAUUUUGUGCCCGGUGCCAACAUCAGUGACUCGCACGGCGGCAGCCAGACCAAACUUGUUAUCAACUUCGUAUACCUCUUGCUGGGAAUGGGACUGGUGGCGAUGUGCUAUAAUCUCAUGCGGGAGGAAGUGCGUGUGAAAGUGCGAGAGGUGAAACGGGAACUCGGGCAGUGUCUCGAAGAUACCCGGACGCGUAUGGCGUACUGCACUGAGCCUUCGGAAAAUUGACAGCUUAGCCGUGGUUAUGUGCUUCGUACACUGACUUGCGACGAGAGGUGGCGCUUUAAGAUUUGCCACUCACUGUGAAAAAUACUCUUAGAAGUUUACGAAACUCAGCACUCACCUUAUGUGAGAGUAAGUUAUUUAACAAAAGCAUUUUUGCUAUUACUAUAUGCAAUGGGUACUUACAAAAAUGGACGUUUUCAAAUUUUCUGGCAUCGGCACCUAGCUUUGUGUCACACUGGGCUCGUGGAUGCCUUCUAGAAGAGGGGAGAAAAAAAUCGUCUGGUGCGUUUCGUUACUGCCUUCACUCUGCCGCUUUAUCUUUUGAAAACUUCUGACCCAGCAAAAACCUGAAGUUUGAAAGUAAACGGUAAUACAAAAUAAAAAUUUUAGUUCAAAAUCAUAUCCAGAACAGAAAAUAAUUUAGUGUGCAUGUCAUUGAAGCCGCGGAACACUCUUAAAAACAUCAAUUGGCUCAAAGUCUUCGCUGCGUGGCGGAUGUAACAACAGUUGCGAACAACGCGUCAUUUAAUGUUCUUGUAUACAAGAGAAAGCGUCUCUCUCUCUCUCUCUCUCUCUCUCUCUCUCUCUCUUUCUCUUAUUUUUUUAUGGAGCAGCAGUACUCCUUGUAAUAGGCCUCCAUGGCAGCUUCGAUUGUAUGGCAGGCUUCAGCUGCCUCACUCCCACAUCACUCUAUUGAGAAGUGGUUGCAGAUUGGCACUUCUCCCGGAGGUUUUCCAGAUAGGAAUCUUAACAUUCCCAAAGAUUGUCAGCACGACUUCCAGUGAAUGCCUGUCUUUGAACGUUUUCUUGUUCUGAGAUGACUGUCUGCUUCACCUCGCAGGUCGCGCUUUGAUCAAGAAGAGCAUCGUCUCCACACCCAUGAUGUCCUCUGACAUGUCUAGUACACGUGCUGCGAACGUCAGUCAGUUACCUUCAAGCUCAUUCGUUACCCCUACAGACAAAAUCGGAGUGGGUGAUAACUGUAUACGGAUCCGUGACUCGUGUUUAAUUCCAGUUAUUGUGUCAGCAAUGCCGUGCGUAAUGACACGAAUUUACUAGUCAGUCUGUUUACCUAUGUCUGUUCAGGAUAUUCGUCUUGUCACAAAUAUUGUAUCUUUGUUUUUUUAAUCUUUCCGCCCAUUCAAAAACUAUAUCUAUAUUUCAACGAUUGUAUUUCAUACUGUCGCAUUAUUCAGACUUCGAUUUCAAAUGUUUUCAAUCCUUCUGACCACAAUACAUGAAUAACACUUAGGGUGUGUGGCGGAGCGUAUUUCUGGUACAUCUCUGUUCCUCCUCCUCCUCCUCCUCCUCCUCCGUGUUCUAUUCGCAACUGGCACAUGGGAAGAUAGUCAGUAAACUUAUGUAUUAGCUCAAUUUUUUCGGAUUUUCUCGUUAUGCUCAUUUCUCGAGAGGUGUGUGGAAGAAGGUAAUAUGUUGUCUGAUUCUUCUUUGCACGUACGCUCUCGAAAUUUCGAUAGUAAAUUUCGUCGCGAUGCACAAUACCUCUCUUGUACCAUUUGCCAUUGGAGUUUGUUGAGCACAUCUGUAACUCGAGCGCCGACCAAAAGAUCUCGUGACGAAACUCACCGCUAUUCGUUGGAUCUUCUAGUUAGUUUCAUAUUACAUGGAUCGUUUUGCAUGAUAAUUUUUAGAUGAUGUGGGACGAGUGAUUUUACAUCCACAUCACAAAUUAAUUUGUAAAUAUGGUUACAUGCUGAACAUUUCUAAGUCGUUUUCUUUUUUAAAUUUUUUCUCUCUUCUAUUAAUCUAACCAGAUGAGGGUCCCAGACAGAUAACAAAUCCUCAAGAAUCGGAAGAAUCGCUUUGUGGACGAAUCACGUUCCCUUAAGAGUCUUCCUACAAACCUCAGCCUACCAUCUCCUUUCCGUGUUGUUUGUUGCAUAUGGUAAUUUCACUUUGUUGCACCGGUUGGUUAUUCCUAGGUAUGUUACGGCAGUUACUUACAGAUUCCAUUGUUUUGUCAUCAAUAGAGUAAUGGUAAAGCAGUGAAUUUAUGCGCAUAACAUUACAUUUAUUUACAUCCAGGACCAACUGCCAGUCUUUGCAUCAAUCCUCUACAGGUCUUCUUGCAGUUCGCUAGUCGUAUAGCAUUGUUGCCUUAUAGAUAACAAGCAUCAUCUGCGAACAAUCUCACGGACCGUCUGACGUUUUCCACUAGACUGUUGAUAUAUAUUGUAAACUGUAGAGGUUCUACCAAACUUCAUUGCAGUACACCUAAAAUUACCUUUACAUCUCCAGAUUUUCUGUCACAGUGAGCGCCGUUUCGAGUUCUUUCGGCGAGGAAGGCAUGAAUCCAGUCUUAAGUCUGGCUCGAUCUCGGUAAGCUCGUACUCUUUACACUAAACGACAGUGCGAAACUGUAUAAAAUCUUUUUGGACGCCAAUGUGUACAGCGCUUUGGAUGUCAUUGCUCACAGUACCAUCAUUGCAUUAUGUUGUUAAGUCAUUAUACGUAACUGAGUGUUCAGCAUGCCUUGACUGUCAUGUGAAAGACCCAGGUUCGCUUCUCCGUGGCAAUGGGUUGCACUCAACUUAAUGAGUUGUGUUCACGACCUGGUUGAAUGAAAAAUGGUGCCUCCAAGUCUCAGAAAGGUUACUGUGGUUUGGAUACUCGUUUGCUCGUCACACAUCUCUCCAGGCGGUGGUGGUGGUGGUGGUGGUGGUGGUGGUGGUGGUGAGUAGCAGGGUCACAUUCUCUCGAGGGCUUGAUUGUAGAGCUAGGUUUGCUUUUUUCACUUCAUGUUACUGUGCAUAUUCGGAAGAAAUGUGACAAAGGGAGAGUUAUUUAGAUAACAUAAAUAUUUGUUGUUUGAGUUGUAACGAGUUCUCUGUAUCUACUUAUUUUACAUGCUGAAUGUGUUGUACUUUUACUAGACUAUAUUUCGAAUGAACACAGACGAGAGAACAUGAAAAGUAAGCUUACAAUGAGUGAAGUCAGAACAAACUGAAAAACUGUGUUUAUUUCUUCAUCAAAUUCCUGACAAUGUUUGAUAUGUAGCUUUUCAUUUCCUCUUUGCUGAUGACAGAAUUUAAUUUCUUGGUUAAAAUCAUGAUCUAUGUAUUUAUUAAAGUGAUAGUAUAAGCUGUUAAAUAUUUAUAUUUUGUUUAAUGUUACAUAGUAAUUGAAAAAUGAAAUCUGAGUAACCAUUAUAGUGGCUAGACAAAACUCUCUUGUUUUUACUCUGAUUACCAUUUGAAAUUGGUAGCUUACUUAAAGUAAGUUUUCCUCUUAUUAGUAAAUGUAAAGGAAAAUAAAGUUCUGCCUGAAAUACAAUUGACACAUUACUGAUACACAGAUCAGUCUCUGUAGAUCAUUUUCUAAUGCUUUUAUUGGUAUUUUUUAAAGAUGAUCUAGAAAACUGAAAGCUGUGUUUUGUGGCAUGUGAGUUCAAAAUAUUAAAAACAAAUCGAUAAUUUUUUUCUUCA